AUGGACUCUCAGACAAUUUACCACCAAGUCAGCACGCACUAUAGCGCUGCCUCCAAAGGAACGACUACCGAAUAUGGAAGCGCGGUCGCAAAGUCCUUCGGGUACUCCGAGGACGAACUGGCAAAGGCCCCUGAGGGAUCCAACCUCGGUCUCAGCUGCGGCAACCCUCUCGCAAUCGCUAGUAUUAGUCAGGGCGAGACGGUAAUCGAUCUGGGAAGCGGGGCUGGUUUUGACUCUUUUCUCGCCUCCAAUAGAGUUGGACAGUCUGGGAAGGUCAUUGGUGUUGAUAUGAACAAGGAUAUGCUCGCUAGAGCCAACAAAAUCAAAGAAGAAACAGGAAAGACCAACGUCGAGUUUGUUGAGUCGGGCAUCACGAACAUGUCGGUCCUCCAAUCUGGCAUCGCUGACUGUAUAAUCUCCAACUGCGUCAUUAAUCUUGUUCCUGCCGCAGAAAAGCAUCUGGUUUUCGGAGAGAUGUUCCGCCUCCUGAAAUCUGGCGGUCGUCUUGCAAUCUCUGAUAUCCUCGCGAGGAAGGCAAUGCCAGAGAAGCUCAGGUCUGACAUGGCCAUGUACGUCGGAUGCAUUUCAGGGGCGAGUGUGGUCAGCGAAUAUGAGAAAUUCCUCAAAGAUGCGGGUUUUAUAGAAAUCUUCAUCACUGAUACGAAGAGCGAUCUAAAUGUCUAUCUUCAAACUAACGAGGAUGGCCUAAAGAAGGUAGAUGGUUGCAUCCAGGCGAAUUUAGGCACGGGAGAACAAGAAAAGGGCUGCCAGCCUUCAAGUGAUAUUUGCUGUGCACCUAAACCAUCUCCUCCUUGCUGCGCGACGAACUGUUGUUCAUCAGAAAGUGACUAUGUCAGCCUUACAGAGAGUGACCUAAAUAAAUGGGCUGGGUCGUUCAAAGUCUACGCUGUGAAGAAUUGA